AUGUACUCAACUAUAGACUCUCGACUCGCACCCCUUUUGAGGAAACGGGAGAGACAAGAUGUUAUCCAGCUGAUCGACCAUGAAUACGAGAGCAGGGUCGAUGAUGACAACAGGGAGAGUCUGAAGAAACAGAAGAGCAGUCACCAGGAUCCAGACCUUUUACAUGGUCAUAUCAUUCUCCAUCGUGUCACUUGUGAUCGCAAGAAGAGCCACGAGCGUCAUGAGGAUCUUGCGUACUAUUUUGACAUACCAGGACUCUUUGCAGGCGAUAGCAAAGCGAGCACCUUACGAGGCAGGCGACCAGUCUCCAAAGUUGAGGAGUAUCUUGAAGAUCAGGCCGGAAUCAGCAUCGUGGCUUAUAAAAAGUACGACUGCAGAAAGCACUAUGAAGUUGUCCAGGAUCAAUUCGAAAGACUGCCUACUCCUGAUCAUCCAGCAGAUGUUGCCUCUUUAAUGCCUUAUUUUUUUCGCCUGAAUAAAGAUAGCAUCCAUGCUGUACCACAAUCUUGGGAGAUAAAGAUCCAGUCUCUCACCCUCAAGGAGGCGAUUCAAGUGGUUACAGGGAUAGGACCUGAUCGUCUGACAGAUUGGCAAAAUAGGCAAUGUAUAAGUGGUCUUUAUCACUUGUUCUACCACUGCCGGCGAUUAAAGGGACAUGCGGCUGGUUUACUCAGUGAUUUACAGCGGCGAGAAUUCCAAUUAUUACUGGACUUUGUAAAUGAGGCAUUCGGGGCCGACUAUGAUGAAGCCGAUGACCUGUUUUCAUGCGAUCUGGUUGCUAAAUCACAUCUUCACAAGCUCUUUGGUCCCAAUGACAUUAUAGUUACCGUUGAGAAUGGCCAGUCACGGGCCUAUGCAGUGGAAUGUUGUCCACAAUCGAAUACUUUCCCGUUGGAGCUGGACUGCUGGUCGUGGGAAUUCGACGGAUUGUUUCGAAAAGAGCGGGUGAAUAUUUACGUGGACUGGCCAUCUUCCUCUGAGACAAAACUACCCAUUACAACACUUACUGCAUAUCCUUUGAGGCUCGACAGAUCUGGGCUCGUCGGCCUUCUACGAAAGCGUGGGGAGAAAUUUUGGAGUUGUCGGUCUAAGAAUUUGGUUUCAUUCAAUCCGAUCAGCCCACGAUGGCAAAUGCCAGCGAGUAACUCCAGAUAUAUGAUAGACAUGACUACAUACAGAGAGAGCAACGAUAUUUCCGAGCUUCCACGCCAGCGCAAUGACCUGGGCCACGAGGCAAUGAGCCAAGAUCAUCCUCCCGAUGACCCAUUUUCAUUACUCUUGCCAGCUGAGAUCAUUGGAUUCGGAUUUCAUGAUCGAAAGUGGAGUAUGAAGACUAUCUACAUCCUUGACUUACGUAUCGGAUCUCUUACAGUCGACGACAUUGGCGAGAUUAGUUGGAACCGGAAGGCAUUCGAGCAUCUUGUCAUUGAUUCCGAUCAUAAAGAUGUCAUAGAAGCCCUCGUCACUAGCCAUACUGCAGCGAGUAAAUCGACGGAUUUCAUGGAAGGCAAAGGAAAUGGCCUCAUCCUCCUCCUCCACGGUGGGCCGGGAACAGGCAAAACCCUGACCGCGGAAUCGGUCGCGGAGCUCACCCAUAAACCGCUGUACCGCAUUGCCUGCGGUGAUAUAGGGACGAAUGUGGAAGAGGUCGAGAAGUACCUCAAGUCCGUUCUCUAUAUUGGAACUAUAUGGAAAUGCGUCGUCCUCCUUGAUGAAGCGGACGUCUUUCUUGAAGAACGACAGACAGACCAACUACAACGCAAUGCGCUAGUCUCUAUUUUUCUCCGCACCCUUGAAUACUACGAUGGUAUUCUCAUACUUACUUCCAACCGUGUCGGCACUUUCGACGAAGCUUUCAAAUCACGGAUCCAAGUUUCUCUUCACUACCCCUAUCUGAAUAAACAAAGCCGCUACAGGAUUUGGCUCAACUUCAUUGAUUCUCUCAACGAAACGGAUGCCAAGGUUGAGGAGAUCAAGAAGGGUGUUAAUUUUCUUGCAAAGCAGAGACUCAAUGGACGGGAGAUUAGGAAUACAGUCAAGUUGGCCAUGCAACUUGCACAAUUCCACGGAAAGAGGCUGGAGUACAGUCAUCUAGAGAGGAUUAUGGAUAUUUCGACCAAAUUUGCAGAUUACUUGAAGGAUGUGCAUGGACACAGUGACUCUGAGUGGGCUUUAAAUAAAGGACUGAGGGGCCAGGAAAGAAAACGCAAGACUUAG